AUGCGCUCUUUCGCCUUGCCACUGGUGGCGUUCGCUGCUCUCGCUGCGAGUGCAUUUGCUUCCCCCGACGCUGCGUGCAGCGGCCCCAACGCCCGUACGGUGCCCCCUGCGGGAGCUCUCGUCGUCGACGCCACGGGUGCUCACCCCGGCAGCUUCCCGACCGUGUCGCAAGCUGUCGCCAAAGUGGUCAACAACACGGAGGAGCACACGAUCUUCGUGCUCCCGGGCGUGUACCACGAGCAAGUCGUGGUCCCGCCGCUCAACGGCCCGCUCGUGCUGCAGGGCUACACGUGCAACACCAUGACGUACGCUGACAACCAGGUGACCAUCACCCAGGCCAAGGCUCAGCGUGACAUCCCUGCCGAGAUCAAGGACGAGCGCAACUUCCUCACCACGACGCUGGGUCUUCGCGGCAAGAACAUCAAGGUGUACAACCUCAACAUCGCCAACACGGCCGGUCAGAUCCAGCAGAGCGGCCAGGCCGUCGCAGUCUACCUCAACGACACCAACUACGGCUUCUACGGCUGCAACAUUUCAAGUUACCAGGAUUCGCUAUGUGCACACAUGGGCCGUGAGAUCUACGCUCGUUCGUACAUCGCUGGCGCUGUGGACUUCAUCUUCGGUCUUCAGGCCAAGGCGUGGUUUGAGUCGUGCGACAUCGAGAGCGUGGGCAAGGGCUACAUCACGGCCAACGGCAACGGCAACAGCUCCAACCUGUCCGAGUACAUCUUCAACCGCGCGCGCGUGUUCGGCUCGAGCGGCAAUGGCUCGACGUACUUGGGUCGUCCGUGGCGUCCGUACUCCCGCACUGUCUUCAUGAACAGCGAGAUCAGCAACGUCGUGAACCCCAAGGGCUGGGCCCUUUGGAACGCCGUCUCCCCCACGAACAACAUCUUCUACAAGGAGUUCAACAACAGCGGCCCCGGUGCGGAUACCUCCCAGCGAGCCCCUUUCAGCGGAAAGCUGGAUGCGCCGUACCCCAUCACGAACACUCUUGGUGAGAACUACGCGUCCGAGUGGUGGGUCGACACUAAGUUCUUGUAA